AACUCAAGUUUGUUGAGUAUGCUGUUCAGCCGUGUCCUUCACCUAGCCUCGAGAGCAGAACUGGAGACAAAGAGGCGGCGGCGCAGGUCCAGGGAAAAGAGCAGGUGAAGACAGAAAAUUGGAAUAUCUUUGUAAGUCACUGGUCUGACGCUUAACUCAACCAUAAUGCCCUCGUCUUAUGAAAACUUGGCUCUAGCAGCUGAUAGCUAAGCCAACAUAUUGUCUCGGAAUCUUGAUCGAAGAGGAUCAGAACUCCCCAAAGAAAUCACAAGUGUCGCCUGUAGUUUUCGUUCUCCAAAAACACAGAAGAGAAGAGGGAGGUUGUUCACAAGUGCAUCUGCACCAGUAGAACCAUCGCCGUUGUUACCUGAGGCUGUUGCGCGGCUGUAACCAGAUUCCAUUUGGAACCAAGGGUCUCCUUUCUGGUUGGUGUAAACCCAUACCUGUGUCACCUGGGUGACCUCCUGCCUGGUGCCUGACUGCUUCUUUCAGGACUUCAAGCGAUGCCAGUCCUUGCAAGGGAAAGACUGAAACGGGGUUAGUGUCUCAUUUCUUUUCUCGUCAGCGACGAUAACGGAUGCUCGUAGAACCAGUUCGUAACUUUAAUGAAAAGAAUUAAACUUGUUUUCUCCCCCUUUCUGGAUUGAUAAACUCAAAGAAAAGAGGUCGGACAAGAUGUUAUCUGUAGAACGCACUUACAUUAGAUAAUCUUGAACGGAGAGUUAUGUUCUCAAUUGAAGUCAGUGCAUGUAUCAAAAUAAGGACUGAACUAUCAUCGGGAAUUUCAGCGAUUGGUCAUCUUAAUAAAACUUCGAUGAAUAGUUUAUAUUUGCACAUUGACAUUUUUGUGAGAGGAAAAGCUCAUGCAGAUGAGAUAGAUAUCAACAUGACUUGUUGUGCUUAGCUAAAAAUCAGCUGGACUAUUCUAAUGGAAUGAGAUGUCUUUUGAGAACUUACCUACACCAUUUUGAAAUGAAAGAAGGAAUAAAUUAAACUCAAUGUGGUGAGUGAGGCACACUACGAUCUCAAAGCAAAUGGUUGAUAAAACGCCCAUAUCCUGUCCAUCGAUCUUCCACGAUCACUGCAAACAUGAAAUGACGUUUGGAUGCCCUGCAAGUGUUCCACAUCGAGCUGGCCAGGAAAACGAUUUCUGUCAGCAAGCUAAAUUAAUGUGCUUUUAGCUUUUACCACUGACACCCUGCGCAAUAUUUGUUUGACCGAAGUGUGACCGAAGGAAGCAUUCUGCGCAAUACAUUUCUGCAAAGCGCGUGAAAGCAGCGAGCAAGAAAAGAACCAAACGAUAAUGGCUUCCUUCUUGUUACUCAUCUCUGGGAUCUUUCUCGUCGUCUCCCUAAGUAUACCAUUAGUGAGGGAGAAACCUUUAACAUCAGAGCCGUCUGGUCACGAAGAUUACUCCGAUGACGAAGGCGACGAUGAUUCAAAGUCAGUGACUCGUUCGCAAAAAUAUUCUACCUUCAAGGAAAGUUACAAACGAAAUGACAUGAAGCAGUUUGCGAAUUCAUCCCAGGACAAAAUUGUUACUUACUUAAAGGAUUUCAUAAGAAAGAAUACCAAAAACCUCUUUGAUGGCAAAAGGUCUAGAGGUACUGGGAAGGGAAAUUCUAACUACACCGGGUCUCUGAACGAAAACGGAGACCAUCAUCAAACUUUCAAGACUUUGGAACAAAAUUUGGACAAUUUCGUGGCUGUUUUUAACACUGAAUCCAUCGCUGAACCGACACCUGAGUUAAUUAGCGUUGGCCAGAAGGGUGUGACACAAGCUUUGGUCACAAUGAAGGACUUCCAUGACAUGAUAUCUUGCAUUUAUGUCAAAGGAUUCCAGAACGACAGGUGGAUUCAGGUAGUGAGCCGUUGCCCUCCGGAAUGGACCAACCAGACCGUGCAAAGGCUUUGCCAAGAGGAAGCGGUCCAAAAUGGUCCUGUGCUGGAGCUUCCAGUCCAAAACGACCAAGGGAUCACAUUCGCCAACCAUUUCUGCGCCGCAUGUCACGGGGUGAGCAAGCUGUUGGAAUGGAAGGUCGGCUGGACGUGUGAUGACACGAGGGUGUUCGCAGCCUCCGUUGGAGGGUACUUCUCUAGCGGCGCGGUCUCAGAGGGAUUCUUCUUAGGACUGCAGCAGGAUCAAUCCUGCAAGAUGACCGUCACGCCACCUAUCGCAAACACCAUCGAGUCCUGCUCGGCGCCACAUUUCAGACAUGGCCCUUCUAUCCCUAUCAACAACAUGCCUGGGACAAACUACCCGGUGUCCUUCAACGUACUGAUGAACUUUGACUUUGCCGGCAAGACUCACAUCCUUUUUGUUGCGGAGUACGAGGAGGAGACAGAGGCUGGCCCCAGGUGCGAACGUGAUGAAGCCUACGAUCCGUUCCAGAACGAGUGUCGCCAGGUAUUCUGCGCACCUGGUCAGCGCCUGGGCUCCACUGGCUGUGUUCCGGAACAGAAUGUCCAUGCCAGCAGUCCUAUCCAUCGAGAGACGCAGGGGGACCUCUCGCAGCUUGCUGAUUCCAGGGACAUCCAGCGUGUGCACAUGGAGGUCAACAUCCCGGCCAGUGAUUUGCUCUUGUUCAAUAUCUCCGGCUACAAUGACUACCUCCAAGAGCAGAUCGCAGCGCAGCUAAACAUUAGUCGUUAUCGAAUCAAGAACUUCGAGGUCUCCUUCCAUCAAGGUAACUCGUCCAGCAACUCAGUCGUGAUCCAGACAAUGAGCAAAGAGGAGUGCCGCGAGGAAGCACUCGAAUGCGACGACAAUGAAGGGUCAUCGAACCCAACUCGUGAUGACCUCAGAACGACAUCGUCUGAGUCGCCGACUGUGUCCGGUUCCAUGACUCGGCCAGACUCGGUCACGAUGCCAACAAAACGACGACAAAGAUGGCGGGGACAACGGCUCGCACCUCACAAAUACAUCGUCUAACCCCCAGGGGUCAUGGCUACGUCUCCUGAUGAUGCGGUCACUGCUUCGUCUCGCGACUACGUGACCACAGCUACGUCCGCAGAAGACGUAGUCACGACUGCGUCAGCGGACUACGUGGUGCGAAUCUCCUUCAUUCUGCAGCCGUCCAGGAAGGGUGAGCAGCGCUCCCUCGAUGUAGUGGAGUCGCUUAGCUCGCUGGUCAGCAAACAACGGUUGCGUCUGAUGAUCAACGGCACGAGCCUGCUGGUGGUCAGCGUGGACAACAACGAGUCCAGCGACACCGUGGAGCCUGCCUGCCCGUACGGACGAACCAGCGUGCAGUCCGGCGACAUGAUGGUGUUACAGCGUUACAACCCAGGGCUCGGCAACACCGAGACAUUACUGUACGUCAACAACACGGGUAUCAUGUACCCGACUGGCAAGUUUGAACUGACCGUUGGUAUUGAAGGCAGCUCGCUGUCAAUGAACUACAGCGAAGCGAUCAGGGUAGCCGUUGUGUGCGACAUGCCGCACAUCGCCGCCUCACAGUGCCUUCGUAUACAACUGGAGCGGUCCGAGUACGAGUGGGACCCGAGAGGAAAGGAGCUCCAUUUCCAGAACCAGAGCUAUAACUUCUCGUCCUUUGAGGUGGUCAACGAGAGCACUGGCAGAGUGGAAAUUUGUGUCCCUGACACUUACGCGAAAUCUGUGGCACCCGAGAAGUCGAGACGACUCAGCAGCUGCUACGUCAACUACGAGAACCUCCUGAAGGCGGAGGGAUACAUGACGGCAGUUAUGGGUCGAGUCUCCAUCGUGGCACUGGCCAGUGUGCUCAUUACCUACUGUCUCUUUCCUAAGCUUCGGAACCUGCCAGGGGUGAACAUCGUCAACCUGACGACAGCUCUCUUUAUCGCUGAGAUCAUAUUUAUUACGGGUGAAGACAUUCAGACUCGCUGGCUGUGUAGCGCCACCGCGGCGGCCUUGCACUACUUCUUCCUGGCCUCGCACUGCUGGAUGAAUGUCAUGAGCUACGACGUCUUCCGCACCUUCACGUCCAGCGCGUGCAUCUUGACCCGCAUCCGCGACAAGGGCAAGUACCUGCCCCGCUACGCGCUGUACGCUUGGGGCGCUCCGCUCCUCGUCAUCGGCGCCUGCGUCUUCAUCGACUUCUCGCACGUGCUGCCCGGCAUCAACAUCGGCUACGGUGGCACCUGGGCCGUGGCGCACACACACGACCCGUGGCCGCAUCCAACCAACGCGUCCUUGGCAACCACCAUCGACAUGGCGGCUGCAGUCGACCACCACUUUGGUGGCUGCCACGACGAACAGAGGCAGCGGCGCGCUUGGGAAAGGGAUGUGAUGGAUUCGAAAGGCAACGGGAAGGAGAGAGAUGACCACGAGGUGGCAGCGCACCCCCCGAAUGAAACAGACUUCCGGGACGAUAACGCAUUCAAGAUGCCGGAUCGCUCGUGCUGGAUCCAGCAGCCUUUGGCGGCUUUGUUCGCCUUCGGGGCUCCCAUCCUGAUUAUCUUCCUCGUCAACUGCUUCCUCUUCGCUCGGACAAUCCUCAGCAUCCGCCGCACGGCGCAGCUGGCAAAGCUCAGCACGCGCAGGUCGUCAGUCCGUAACCUGUCGGGCCGCAGUGACGUCAUUCUCUACGUCAAGAUGGCCACCGUCAUGGGGUUCACCUGGGUCUUUGGCCUGGCCUCCUCCAUCAUCAGCGCCGUGGUUGACGAGCCUACCUCCGAGGUGUGCAUGGUGCUGCAUGUCUUGGGAAUCCUCUUCCCCAUCAUGAAUUGCUCGCAGGGUCUGUUCAUCUUCUUCGUCUACGUCUUCAACCGCCGCGUCCUCCGACUGUACAAGGAAAAAGCAGUGGAAGUUAGGAAGAUGUUACUGGCGAAAAAACAGAAUGUAAAAUCGGCCAAGCCAUCCAGAUCCAAAAAUACCAUUGCAUAUAUUUACAAAGAGUAAUAUUAGAAAUUUUCUAUGUUUACACACACAUAUAUAUAUACGCACACACAUAAAUAAAGUGGAGAGAUAUUGACACAUUCUCAGCUGUAUAUAUAUAUAUACACACACAUACAUAUACAAGUAUAUAUAUCUCUUAAGUAGGCAAAAAUUUAAAAAUUCCCAGCUGAAAAUUUCUUGACUGACGAAAGGGGUAAUGGGAAAUGCAAAUGUUUAAAAGAUUUCCUUCAUUCCUGGCUGUUUGUGUCCAGGCUGGCCUCAAAGUCCUCUGACUAGAGAUUCCUUCGUGUAAAUAUAAUUCAUGAAAACUUCUUUUUUGCGUUUUCCACCAUUCAAAAAGCACGUUUAAGCAUGUGAACGUGUUCUGUGGGCAAAUCAGUGAACAAAACUAUUGUCUAUGAGUUGCCGUGACACACCCUGACAAUACAAAGACGAUCUCAGAGGAUCUGUCAUACCAGGAACAGGCUCGCAUGUACGUGAGACUUGUAAAACAAGAAAUAUCAGUCAAUGGAAUGAACAUGGAGUGAACGCGCCUGUGAACUAACUCUGAUUUGACGAAGACUAACACAAGGGAAAGAGAACUUUAAAAAAUCGCACAAAGGAAAGUAGUUAAGUCUCUUGCUCAAACGUUUUUUCCCAUAGACCCGUCAUCUUGUGUUUGUCUACAAGACAAUAUCUGAGCUAUAGGGCAUUUUUUAAAUGAAAAAGGAAGAAACAUACUUUUAAAAAAUAAAUAAUUUCUAUGGUACGAUCAAUGACUUCUACUGAAUAAGACUUCUAAAUAUAAAAAUGUCAUACAGGUACAGGGAAUGUAUAUUUACCCAGUAUAUUUGGAAUUAAACAUAAUCUCAUCAAUAUUCAAGAUUUUCAAUUGUUCGAUGAUUGAAAAGUGCUAUACCUCUUAUAUUUAAUAUUAACAGUCAAUUGUAACACGAAGACUACUUGUCUAAACUCUUGUCAGUACAAUGUACAGUGCAUGUGAGUUUGUCCGCUCGCCUUCAUUUCAAAGUCAAUUGGUCAGACUGAUUUUUUUAAACUUUAGAAUCAGGCGACUGGACAUUAAAUCACCUGAUAUAUAUAAUUAUAUACUUUGAGGUGUUUGUGAUGGAGACGCCUUUCCAUGAUUCAGUGCUUUUUGACAGCUGUAUUGUAAAGAUUUACCUUUUUAUACGAUCUUCAAAAGGAAGGAAUUCAAGAAAUAAAAGAUGAAAAUUUUACUUUUGACUUCGCUUCUAUC